AUGGCUCUUAUGGAAGCUAAGGUCAAGAGCGUGCUCUCUGGCGACACGCUCGUUCUACACAACAUCAAGAAUCCUUCUCAAGAACGCACUCUGAGCUUGGCUUUUGUCAGUGCCCCUAGGAUACGCAGAGAGGGCGACGAGCCUGGUGCUUUCGAGUCCAGAGACUUUGUCCGCAAGCUCUGCGUCGGCAAGGUUGUCCGUUUCAGCGUUCUCUACAACAUUCCCACGCCUUCACCUCGCGAUUACGGUGUCAUCAUCCUGCAAAGCGGCCAGCACCUGCUCGACCUCGUUGUACGUGAGGGUCUCGUCAAGCUGAGAGACGACGCCGGUAAAAAGGAGGACACACCACAAGGCACCGAGUUGCUCGAGAGAUUGCAGGCCCUCGAGAGCCACGCCAAGGUCGACGAGAAGGGCCUCUGGAACCCCGACCAACAACGCAUCGACAAUGUCCACGACCUUUCAGAUCCGAGGGCCUUCGCCGAGGCUUACAAGGGUCAGCCCAUUGACGCCAUUGUCGAACGUGUCCUCAGUGCAGACCGUCUCAUCUGUCGUCUGUUGGUGCAGCCCACAAAGCACACCCAGACCAUUGUUUUGCUUGCCGGUGUCCGCGCCCCUGCCACCAGAAGAAUCAACCCUUCGGAUCAAUCAGAGCAACCUGCUGAGCCUUUUGGUACUGAAGCACACCAUUUCGUCGAAGAGAGACUUCUGCAGCGUGGAGUUCAGGUCCGCAUCCUUGGUGUUUCUCCCAACAACCUUCUCGUCGGAGAAGUCAGACACCCCAUGGGCAGCAUCGCCGAAUUUCUUCUCAAAGCUGGUCUCGCUCGCUGCACCGACCACCACUCGACAUGGCUUGGUUCUGAGAUGGCCAAGCUGAGACAGGCCGAACGCCAUGCCCGGGAUAACAAGCUGGGUCUGUUCGAGGGUCACGUCUCGCAAAGAUCAGCCGGCACAGGUCAAAUUGAAGCCACCGUCAGCCGCGUCUUCUCUGCCGAUACCCUCUUCCUCCGUAACAAGGCUGGAGCUGAGAAGCGUGUUAACCUCAGCAGUGUUCGUCAACCCAAGCCCUCGGACCCCAAGCAAUCACCCUUCGGUGCCGAGGCCAAGGAGUUCUUGCGCAAGCGCCUGAUCGGAAAGCACGUCAAGGUCACCAUCGAUGGCAAGCGACCGGCCACCGAGGGCUUCGAUGAGCGCGAGAUGGCCACUGUCACUCUCAAUGACGAGAACGUGGGUCUGAUGCUCGUUGAGCAGGGAUACGCCUCGGUCAUCAGACAUCGCAUGGACGACACCGACCGUUCGCCUAUCUACGAUGAUCUUCUUGCCGCUGAGGAGGCUGCACAGAGUGCUGGCAAGGGCAUGUGGAACCCCAAGCCUCCCAAGAAGACCGAAUAUGUCGAUUACAGCGCUUCCGUUGAUCAGGCCAAGCGUCAGCUCACUCUCUUGUCUCGCCAAAGAAAGGUUCCUGCUGUCGUUGACUUCGUCAAGAGUGGAAGUAGAUUCACCGUCUUGGUUCCUCGUGAGAACGCCAAGUUGACCUUCGUCCUGUCUGGUAUCAAGGCACACGAAUUUGCAAACCGCAGAUGUCAGCAGCGCGAUGUCGAGAUCGACGUUGAAGGCACUGACAAGGUUGGAGGCUUCAUUGGUCAGCUUUACAUCAACCGUGAGAGCUUCGCUAAGCUGCUCGUCGAGGAGGGUCUUGCUUCGGUCCACGCCUAUAGUGCAGAGAAGUCUGGCAAUGCAAACGAGCUCUUCGCUGCCGAGCAAAGGGCAAAGGAGGCUAGACGCGGCAUGUGGCACGACUGGGACCCCUCGAAGGAGGUCGCUGAGGAGGGCGAGGAGUACGACGCUUCUGCUGGUGCUGCCGGCCUCAACAACGGCGAUGCUCCUGUCGAGCGUCGCAAGGACUACCGCGAUGUCGUCGUAACUAACAUUGACUCGACCAACGCACGCAUCAAGAUCCAGGAGAUUGGAACUGGCACAGCAGCUCCGCCCAAGGCCGGCGACUUUGUGUCUGCAAGAUUCAGCGAAGACAACGAAUGGUACCGCGCCCGCAUCCGCCGCAACGACCGCGAAAACAAGACAUCCGAGGUCGUCUACAUCGACUACGGCAACAGCGAAACGAUCCCGUGGUCGCGCCUGCGCACUCUCGACCCCACCCGUUUCGGCGUGCAAAAGCUGCGCGCCCAAGCCCUCGACGCCGUCUUCUCCUUCCUCCAAUUCCCCACCGCCCCCGAAUACCUCCGCGAAGCCGUCAACAUCAUCAGCGACUCGACUGCCGACCGCCAAUUGGUUGCCAAUGUCGAUUACGUUGACCCUCGCGAGGGCACACUGCACGUCACGCUGUUUGAUCCUAAGCAGAGCGACAGCCUGAACGAGAGCGUCAAUGCCGAUAUCAUCUCCGAAGGUCUCGCCAUGGUGCCCAAGAAGCUCAAGGCUUGGGAGAGGGCUGCCGGAGACGUGAUUGCUGAUCUCCAGGCCCGCGAGAACGAGGCCAAGGGUGAUAGACGCGGUCAGUGGGAGUAUGGUGAUUUGACCGAGGAUUAG